AUGGUUAAUGUUCAAUCUACUCCUGAUGAAAGUGAACGUGUAUGGAUAAUGCCAUUUUUGGGUCAAUUAACUGAUGAUUUUCGAGACUUUUAUGAAGAUUUUCAAUCAAAUUCUGUUACUUCAUUUACACAUUAUGCAACAUUUAUUUGUCGUCAACAACCAUCACAUAAACAUCUAAUUAAUCCAUGUUAUGUAUAUUUAUAUCUUUGUUCUGAUAUUUAUAUAUCAUCUUGUCGUGAUAUUCAAACUGGUGGUUUUGUUGGUUGUCGAAUAACAUGUGCAUUAAGAUCAAUCAAAAUAAAUCUAGGUGCAUCUGCAUUACGUGAAUUUCUUUAUUUAUUUUGUUAUGAUAAUUUACCAUUACAUGAUUAUUUUUGGAUAUAUGUUCGUAGUCAUUUUUCUAAUAUAAGUGAUCCUGAAAAAUCUUUGAUUAGAAUAAUUGAUAAAGCAAGUAUAAAAUAUGCACGAACAAAUCGUAAAUUAGAAACAUAUAUUUGUGAUCAUUUAAAACAAAUUGAAGAUGCUUUACAUAUUUAUCUAUUUAAUAAAAAUAAAAAAUCAUUAUCAGUUGUUGAUCGAGAUGAAUAA